AUGGGCUCUAUGGCUGCCAGAACUGACCACGCAGUGAUCACCGACGUGGCUAUAUUAUUUACGAAUCCUAAAGAUACUGAACCCGAAUCUCCCACCCUCGGUUGGACUCGCAUCGACAAGGAUCUGUAUUUGCGCCGAGGGAAGGCGCGAGCUGCAUGGCUUUGCGUGCAGUCGAAGAAGAAGGAACAUCUUUCAAGUGAGGAUAGAGUGGUCAUACAAGUCGCAGUAGCGGACUCGAACCCGGGUUGGGCAUGGGAGCAGAGGCCUCUGGGCGUAUGGAUCUUGCGACGCGAGGUCGGGCAGAGCACUUCAGAAAGCUUCGUAACAGAAUUGGAUGUACUUUAUGGCACAGACGCAGUGGAUCCGAGGCCUGGCUGGACAAUCGGUCGAACUGCUUUCCAGCUGGACUUACCUGCGGAUGUUCCACUUGCGAGGCUCACUGUCAGGCAUGGACCGGCAAAACCGAAGCCUGACGUUACUCUCGCACCAAGACUGGACGGAUCGUUCAAGAUUGUUCAAGUUUCAGAUCUGCACUUUGGGACUGGACCUGGAAUCUGCGAAGACGCCAUUGAUACAAAUGGAGAGUUGUUACCAGCCUUCGAAGCUGAUCCUGCAUCUGUCGAAUUCGUCGGACGAUGGCUGGAUCUCGAGAAGCCCGAUCUUGUAGUGCUUACAGGGGAUCAGUCAGAGUUUGGGAAAACGCCAGACACCCAGACGGCGAUCUUCAAGUACACGGCCCCUCUCAUUCGGCGCUGCAUACCAUUCGCCCUCGUCUUCGGCAAUCAUGACGACGAAGGACCACCCUCGCUGCCGCGUGCUGCACAGAUGGCUCUGCUACAAACCUUGCCGUACUGUGUUGCAAGGCCAGGUCCUGAUGACAUUGACGGAGUAGGGAACUACUACCUCCAGAUCGGGACAGUCUCAUCACAACACAUUCCACUUGUCCUGUUCUUCCUCGAUUCGCAUAAUCGUUUGCCAGCCAAAGGCGAGGUGUACGACUGGAUCAAGCAAAGUCAAAUCGAUUGGUUCAAUACCGUAUCCCAAGACCUGAAAAGCGGACUCGAUCAGAAUCCUCUAGCCAUGGGUUUCAUUCACAUACCGCUGCCGGAAUACAACGAGCCAGGUCUCAUUGUGACGGGUGGUCAUAGGAGGGAAGAAGUCAUGUCGCCACGGUUUAAUUCUCACUUUUACGAUGCCCUGGCCGCAGAAGGGGUAGCAGCUCUGAGUUGCGGGCAUGAUCAUGUCAACGAUUACUGCGCUUUGCGACCAGCCUCCAAGCUAGGACCUUGGCUGUGCUAUGGAGGUGGCAGCGGAUUUGGUGGGUAUGGAGGCUAUGGUGGCUACCAUCGUCGAGUAAGAGUGUUUAAUGUCGACACGAGAACUGCUCGGCUUGAGACGUGGAAGAGAGUAGAGUAUUGCAAGGAGAAGGUGGACGAGCUGGUACUUGUCGAAGAUGGCGCCGUCGUUCCUCCUGCUCAGAAUCCAAAGCUUUGA